AUGGAGCAGUCUGCACUUACUGCACAAGGGAAAUCUUCGCAAGUAUCCUUUUUGGGGAACAACCCAUUAGAAGCUUCCUUUCCUCCUUUCUCCUGGAAUCCAGAGGGUCAAAAUUGUCAAAAAGGAAAAAUCUUCCUUUUGAUCGUUGGGCACGUUAUCCGCGCGUCGCACAUAGGCCCUGAUUGUCCAGAACCUACUCUUGAUGAUGUGAUGUGGGAUCUUGCUGCUUCACAGGAGGAGCGCCAUUGGAUGAUGGCUUCGCUUGUCACGGUGAGGCGAUAUUUGGGGAUGGACCAUCUGCAAUUCCCUAGUGCAGAUCCUAUUAUACCACCUCCUUAUCAGCAACACAAAACUGAUCACGAUGGUGUCGAUACUUCUGGCACAUGUCUCGGAGAUACUAAUGAUGAUGAUGACAAUAAUGAUGAUGAGGAGACCGAGACGGAGUCGGAGAGUAGUGAGGAGUAUAUUUGUGGGUUUAUUUUGUAUAUUGAUGAUGUAUUCUGA